AUUUGUCAUUAGAUAAUCCUCGUCCCUCGGUAAUGUUGUCACGACAAUUUAUCGAUCAUUCAGCAUCUGUUUCAAAUCGGAGUCUGAAGAGCACAAAACCUCAAUCUCGCUGAAUUUCACUGACCAAACACCACUUCUGUAGGGUUGCUGCUUUAGUACCUUUCAACAACUAUGGAAGGCAGCAGGGCCCAGAAUGGUAUUCAACUAUUGCUAGCUGCUGAACAAGAAGCUCAGCAGAUUGUUAAUGCUGCAAGAAAUGCAAAAAUGGCUAGGCUAAAACAGGCCAAAGAGGAGGCUCAGAGGGAAAUUGCUGAAUUCCGUGCUCAAAUGGAAGCUGAAUUUCAGAGAAAGAUUGCAGAGAGCAGUGGAGACUCAGGUGCUAAUGUGAAACGCCUUGAAAAAGAAACAGACACGAAGAUUCAUCAGCUGAAAAUAGAGGCUGCGAGAAUUUCCCAUGAUGUUGUCCUGAUGCUUCUGAAGCAGGUGACAUCGGUAAAGAACUAGGCUCUUUAGUAAUGAGCUGAGCUGAGCUGAUCUGAUCGUCUGGAAACUUACCUUAUGCCUGUUUUUUUCCCUUGUAUUAAAACUUGGAGUUCCUGUGCUUGGUGAGAAUAAAUUACUUCUCUGUAUCUUAUUAUAUUUAUUAUUCGUAUUGGUUUGAUUGUGCCCUAGUCAAAUAUAACAAUUCAAUGUGUGCUCUCUUA